AUGGACUUAGGCACCUCAGGACAAAUGUCAGAUGAGGAUGGGCUCGAUCCCUGGAAAGCACAGCCGCUGUUCGACCAGGAAGUUGCAUGGCACCAUAAUCACGACAGGGUGGUGCACUUUGACCACAAUGACCUGUUUUAUGAUGGGAUUUCGGACCUCAAUUUGAUCUUCGAUCCCAGUAUUGACGGGGUCGAGCAACCACGACUUUCCCCGUCUGCUAAUAGUGCAAAUGACUCUGAUGCCAUUGCUCAGGAAACAAGUCAGAGCAGCACCGACCUAUGCCGUGAUCCAGUGGAGCUGUACAGCCACCUCUUGCAGCUGUAUUUUGAAAAAAUCCAACCUUGGUUGCCGUUGUUUCACCGACCUAAAUUUGAGGAGCAAUUCGCAGGCAAGCUCUGCCAUUCGGACCUCGCGACCAGCUCUUCCUCGCCCGAGUCUGCUUUUGUCCUCAACGCCAUGUUUGCGCUUUCGGCCAGGUACUCAACGUCAGAUCACUUCUCCGGUCUUGUCCCCAUUACGCGUGGAAAGUCCUUCUUGAGACAGGCAGAAGCAAUUUUGGAAGCACACAACUCGAACGAAACAUCGGGCCCCUCCUUACGCAUUCUGCAGGGCUGUAUCAUGUUGGCAUGCUAUCAUCUGUCGUCAGGCAUCACCCCGCGUGCCUGGUUACUAACUGGGAUGUGCUCCAGACUCGCCUACGAGCUCGGCUUGCACAGGCUCGACCGUGAAUCAACCAAGGCAAGUUCUUGUUCACCCGAGGUUUCUAGCAACAAAUGGAUCGACAACGAAGAGAAACGCCGCGCGUGGUGGUCCGCAUGGGAACUGGAUAAUUUUGCCUCCACCAUCAGCCGCCGCCCAUACGGCUUCGACCGAGACAGCGCAGAUAUCUUCCUCCCGGUUUCGGACAAGGACUGGUUCAGUGGUAACCGGGUGGCUUCUGCUUCACUAGCGUACGAGCCUCUGGCUGCGUGGCAGAGUCUCGUCGACUGCCCGAACCAAUCCGAACAUGCUUGGUAUUUGGUCUCGCUUCACUUUAUCCGAUUAGGACACGAGUUGCAGCAAGCCUCUCACCUAACCCGCAAGAACCUAAACGACUUCGAGACGGCCGUCCGGUACUUCUCCUUGGCUCUACCUCCUUCCUUCGACAAUGUCGAGGGCGUAUUUGGCAGCGAGCCUAGUUCUGGAUGGAUCACUUGCACUCACAUUUUGUUACAGAAGUAG